UGGAGCACAGCGCGGGGGUGAGGACGCCCGCCGUCAGCAUACACGCUACCCUACUCAACCAUAAACCUGUCAUUUCAAAACAUAUCAGGCUUUUUUUGAGCGCAAAAUCGAGGUGACUAUCCCGGACGCUCUGGCUCGCUGAAUCAAGGACGAUUUUUAAUUCUUAAAACGUGUCCGAGUCCGAGACGGGAAGACAUGGCCACGACUACAUGUACACGCUUCACGGACGAAUAUCAGCUGUACGAGGAGUUGGGCAAGGGAGCGUUUUCAGUGGUGCGACGAUGUGUGAAGUUGAGCACGGGCCAAGAAUACGCCGCCAAAAUCAUCAACACCAAAAAACUCUCCGCGAGAGACCAUCAGAAGCUCGAACGAGAAGCUCGAAUCUGUCGUCUGCUGAAACACCCCAAUAUCGUUCGUCUGCAUGACAGUAUAUCAGAGGAGGGCUUCCACUACCUACUGUUUGAUUUGGUGACUGGAGGUGAACUGUUUGAAGACAUUGUAGCCAGAGAGUACUACAGUGAAGCAGAUGCCAGUCACUGCAUCCAGCAGAUCCUGGAGGCGGUGCUUCACUGCCAUCAAAUGGGCGUGGUGCACCGAGACCUGAAGCCAGAGAAUCUGCUCUUGGCCAGUAAGUGCAAGAACGCCGCUGUGAAGCUGGCCGACUUUGGACUGGCCAUUGAGGUGCAGGGAGACCAGCAGGCAUGGUUUGGAUUUGCAGGGACACCAGGUUACCUGUCCCCUGAGGUGCUGAGGAAGGAAGCAUAUGGCAAACCGGUGGACAUCUGGGCCUGCGGUGUGAUUCUGUACAUUCUGCUGGUUGGAUAUCCACCUUUCUGGGACGAGGAUCAGCACAAACUUUACCAACAGAUCAAAGCGGGAGCUUAUGAUUUUCCAUCUCCAGAAUGGGACACAGUUACUCCUGAAGCCAAAAAUCUCAUCAAUCAAAUGCUAACCAUAAACCCUGCCAAGAGAAUCACUGCACAGGAAGCUCUCAAACACCCAUGGGUCUGCCAACGCUCUACUGUGGCUUCCAUGAUGCACAGACAAGAGACUGUGGAAUGCCUGAAGAAGUUCAACGCCAGGAGGAAACUCAAGGGGGCCAUCCUCACCACCAUGCUUGUGUCACGGAACUUCUCUGUGGGUAGCAGGCAGACCACGGCUCCCGCCUCGGUCACUGUGGCUGCGGCUGCAGUAGCCGCUGCUGCAGGCACCACAGCAGGGCUGGUGGAACAAGCAGCCAAGAGCUUGUUGAACAAAAAAGCAGACGUUAAGAAGCGGAAGUCGAGCUCUACCAUUCAGUACAUGCCCCAGACAAACAGCACCAAAAACAGCAUAGUCACCAGUCCCAAGGGAAACCUCCCCUCUCCUGCACUGGAGACACAGACCACUGUCAUCCAUAAUGCAGUGGAUGGGAUUAAGGAGUCGUCGGACAGCAGUAAUGCCACAGUGGAGGAUGAGGAAAUGAAAGGAAAGCUUGUAGAUAACAGUUCAGCUCAGUCAAACCCCAGCACCCAGCCUGACUCCGCCCACACACCUCCAGGCCCCUCCCCCGCUCUCUUCACUGCCACUAAGUUCACUGAUCUAUUGGGUGUAGUUCGCCGGGGCUCGGUGCCUACAUAUGAUGGUGAGGGGGGGAGAACUAUCACUCCAGCUGUUGUUUCUGCCCCCUCCACUCCCCAGAACCCUAACAUUCCCACACAGAUGUCACGUUUGACUGAUCUAGUGAGCAGUGUGCGCAGACCUACAGCCCCUCAUACAGACAGUGAGCCAUCAGCAGCCAGCAGACCCCUUACUGCCCCAGUAUCUGCCCCAUCACACCCCUCCCCUUCCCCUGCUCAACCGUCCUCGAGCCCCCUGCUGUCAGCACAUUCACGCAAACAGGAGAUCAUCAAAAUCACUGAACAGCUUAUUGAGGCUAUCAACAAUGGCGACUUUGAAGCCUAUGCUAAAAUCUGCGACCCUGGACUCACCUGCUUUGAACCUGAGGCCUUGGGAAACCUGGUGGAGGGGAUGGACUUCCACAGAUUUUACUUUGAGAACUUGCUGUCUAAGAACAGUAAGCCCAUCCACACCACCAUCCUUAACCCUCACGUGCACCUGAUUGGAGAUGAGGCCGCCUGCAUCGCCUACAUCCGCCUCACGCAAUACGUGGAUGAGCAGGGCCGGCCGCGCAGCAGCCAAUCUGAAGAGACGAGGGUGUGGCAUCGCCGGGACUCUAAAUGGCAGAAUGUCCAUUUCCACUGUUCGGGAGCUCCAGCCGCCCCUCUACAGUGAAGGUUGAGCUCAUUGUAGCCACAUCUAACAAGAGAGCCCAGCCAGAAAUGGAGAGUGCAAGAGUAAAAGAGAGAGAGUGAGGGAGGGGGGGGAAGUUGGAGAGAGGGAGGAAGGAAAGCGAGCCCAGUGAUGG